AUGCCUGAGAAGUGGCUCACUAAGUUUCGUGACGAGUCGGAUAUUUUCUCGGAGGAUGUAAGUCUUGCCGACGAAACGAUCCGAGUCCGUCGUGCCCGUUCCAAACGACCUCUGCUACGAUUAAUGGGAGAAGUUGUUCUCGCAGUUUCUGUCGUAAUUCUAGGGUCCGUCGUUAUCCAUGAUAGAGGCUUCUCCAGCCAUGCGCUCAAGCCAUUUGGGCCAAAAAUUCCGGAAAAGGUUGUAACGUUCGGAAACAACGCUGGCUUUGGGCCUGACAUCAUCUACGCCGAUCGCUAA